AUGGCCGCCGCGUCGCAGUAUCUGCCGCGCGCCGCCGCGCUCAUCGCACCCGACAGCGACCGCCUGCACCAGGGCACAACGUACCGCGAGGUGCAGAAGAUGAUGCACCACGAAGUACCUGCCAGGGGCUGCCCCGCCGGCCGGCACGCCGUCGGGCUGGCGCACCACCAGUGGGGGGGGCUGCCCAGCGCCGGCACGGACUGGGGCAGCGGGGGGGCGGCGGGGGCCGCGCCCCCGCCCGCCGAGCACGCCAAGGGCGGCCCGCCAGGCCGCGAAGAGCUGUCCGCCGACCGCCUUCACCCCCGCCCGCAUCUGGUGCCCAGCCGCGGCGGGCGCGCGGCGGGCGGAGUGGGCGCAAGGGCGGCGCGCACCAACCUGCCGCCCAUGUCCCGCCGUCGUGGCAGCCGCUGCUCUAACGUCGCAGCCCACGCGGGCCUCAACGGAUGGCUGGGCGCGGCCGGCUCCCGGCUGCACCACGGGCUGCGCGACCCGCUGGGCGCCGAGGCGGGCGGCACGAACUGGCGGCAAUCGCCGCCGCCGCUGGGUCCGCCCGAGCCGUCGGACGAGGACGCGGAUCCCAGCUCCGACGACCUGGAGCAGUUCGCCAAGCAGUUCAAGCAGCGGCGGAUCAAGCUGGGCUUCACGCAGGCCGACGUGGGGCUGGCGCUGGGCACCCUGUACGGGAACGUCUUCUCGCAGACCACGAUCUGCCGGUUCGAGGCGCUGCAGCUGAGCUUCAAGAACAUGUGCAAGCUGAAGCCGCUGCUCAACAAGUGGCUGGAGGAGACGGACUCCAGCACGGGCAGCCCCACCAACCUGGACAAGAUCGCGGCGCAGGGUCGGAAGCGCAAGAAGCGGACGUCCAUCGAGGUGGGCGUCAAGGGCGCCCUGGAGAACCACUUCCUCAAGUGCCCCAAGCCCUCGGCGCACGAGAUCACCUCCCUGGCGGACUCCCUCCAGCUGGAGAAAGAGGUGGUGCGGGUCUGGUUCUGCAACCGGCGGCAGAAGGAGAAGCGGAUGACGCCGGCCGGGGUCCCGCACCCCCCGAUGGAGGACGUUUACGCACAGGCGGACACGUCGCCGCUACACCACGCGGCUGCGCGGCGCGUGCAGUUGACUGCCCGGGCCCCCCGCGGCCCGACGCGGCUCGGCGGGCGGCGGAGGACGCGCUUAAUUAUUCUCAGACUGCCGGCCGUCCGGUCCGCGCCCCGCGCUCUAUUUAUUUCAUCCCGCCGGAGCCGCCGCGGCCGCCGCAGCAGUAGCCAAAGGCUUGCGCGCCGGCCGGGAGCGGGGCGCCGUCGGGCCGGGCCGGUGGCGUUUGCCUUCGCGGGCCCCACCCCGAGCCCCCCGUGCCCGCCCAGCGGAGCCCCGUUUCCCGAGGCCCCCGGUGUCCCCGGUGCCCCGGUUCGCACCAGCGGCGCUCGGCGGGGUUUGCCCGCCCGGUAA